CGAGCAAUGUUUUGGGGACAUCCCUAGCCAAUGCCAAAUUGCCAACUAACCACUAACUUGUGAUGAAUAUUUUAUUAGAAAUUUAUAUUUGAAUAUGGUUCAAUGAUUAGUAUCUGGCAAAAUUUGCACUACGUCGUACGUUGCAAAUGCAAAAAUAAUGGCUCAUUAUUAUUUUCAAUGAAAAGGUUUCAUAAAUGAGUCAUAGAUGAUGAACAGUUUGAACUCCUUGUAAAGUUGCUAAAAAGUUUUGAAAAAUGUCUGAACGAAGAGGCACUAAAGCUCUGGAGUUAUGGUGUAAGCGGUUAGUUAAAGAUUGCCCUGAGGUGCACAUAGAUAAUAUGACAACAUCCUGGAGAAAUGGCAUAGCAUUUUGUGCAUUGGUUCAUCAUUUUAGACCCGAUUUAAUUGACAUGUCUAAAUUGAAUCCUGAAAAUAUUUAUGAAAAUAAUAAACUGGCUUAUAGUGUCGCUGAGAAGCACUUAGGUAUUCCUGCUCUUUUAGACCCUGAGGACAUGGUUGAAAAUGAUGUACCGGAUAGGUUGUCAAUAUUAACUUAUUUGUCCCAGUUUUAUCAACGUCUAGGACACACAGUGAAUACUAAGGUUAAUGAAAGCGAGUCCAAGGUAUCACCGCAGCCAGCCAGCGCAGAAACUUCUGCACCAAUAAGGUUUGGCAAGACUGGUCUAGACAAAUGUGCAGCAUGUGGCCUGCCUGUGUACCUUGCUCAGCGUCUACUCGUAUCUCACAAACUGUACCACAGAAGAUGUUUCCGUUGUUCUAAGUGCUCUGGACAUCUAAACCCUAAGAAUUUCGAGAUAGUUGAAGGAUCUGAAUUUACCUGUGAUAGUUGUAAAAAUGAAAAGACUUUAUCAAAAUAUCUUAAUAAUAAUGAUCAUGAUCAAAUGGGAAUGCUGGCAUUCACGGAUACUGUGAAUGAGACCAAAUCUGUCUCGAAUGAGGAGCCAGUUAUUCCUAAAAACAAACCAAGACCACAGUCUAUUUUGGACAAAAUUAACAUGUUUGAAAAAAAUAUAGAAAAAGAUACUAACAUUGAAAACAAAAUCUCAAAUAUUUCGUUAAAAGACAAUAGUAUUAGUAAAUCUGAAGAACUUAGCACCACUAGUAGAUCUCAUUGUGAAGCAGACACGCAACCGACACUAAUAAGUACGACUACGAAAAUGGAAGAUGAAAAAAUAUCAAGCAACAAUACUCCAGAAAAAGUGUAUAAAAGUAACAUGGAAAAGUUUAAUUUUCUUCAAACACAACUAGCGGAAGACAUUAGAAAUGAUUAUUAUACUAAAGAAACUGUAGAUGUAAUCAAAACGAGUAACAAAGACAAAGACUGCGUUAAUACAAUUGAACAUAAUACAAUUAGUGUAGAGGAUAUUAAUGAUGCAAGCAGUAGUGUGCAUGAAGAGACAAGCAAUGUAACAGAUGAUAACAGAAUAGCCAAUAGCUCAUCCACAGUAAUGGAGCAACCUUCUCCAAUAGAAAAAUCGCCAGAAACUCAACCAGACCAAGAAAUAAGUAUAAGUGUUCCUCCAAGAAGAAAGAAACAGAAUGCUUUGGAGAAAGCUUUAGCAACUGCUAUGAAAAAGGAGGAGGAAACUAAGCUGGACAGCAAGGAGUAUCCGGACCAUUUAAAUCCUUUCUCGGAUGAUGAAGAUGAGGAAGUUGCCCCUCCUAAAAAAGUCAGUACAAAUCCUUUUGGUAGUAGCGACGAGGAAGACGACGAUGUGCCACCCAUUCCACAAGCUCCUAAACCUGAGACAACACCAGUUAAAAGACUUAUCGCAGUCAAUCCAUUCUGGUCCGAUGGAGAGGAACCUUCGUCAGAUGAAGAGGAAACACACAACAAGAGUUCAAUGUAUAGAUCUUCAAUGGCAACAAGCACUCCGAAUCUCCCUGGAAGUACGCCUCGACGGAAAAAGGGGAAGGCGCCGCCGCCACCCCCAGCCAUAUCCAUCACGGAGGUGCCGCGACUUCAAAACCCUGCGCUUGCCACCUCUUUGGACGAUGUCGCAAGCAUAUCUUCCUUGAGUUCAUACAACUCCACCAUUCAUUCUGACCAAAAAUCGAUUGGCAAGUCUACACCAACGCUUAAGAAGCGGCGGCCAGCGCCGACCCCACCCGAUAGUUUGUCGACACUGUCGGGUGGUUGUGGCUCCUUAGAGAAAGGCAUCAACACUUCAGGCAUGAGAAGCAUCAAUUCUGAAGGUGGACGAAAGACUAAGGGCCCUGCACCAGGCUUACCACUGCCUGAGCGUCGCGAGGUGAAGAUGCAAAUGUCGCCAGAAGAACUGCAAGUGCAAUUGGAUCUGUUGGAAACUCAGCAACUGGGGCUCGAGCGGCAGGGCGUGCUAAUAGAACGCAUGAUUCGCGACAAGUGUGAGGGUGACGAGGCUGACACCGUGCCACAAGAGGAAGUGGAAGAUUUAGUCAUUCAACUGUGUGAACUAGUCAAUGAGAAAAACGACUUGUUCAGAAAGCAAACUGAAUUGAUGUACAUACGACGACAACAACGGUUGGAACAAGAACAAGCUGACAUUGAACAUGAAAUACGAAUAAUUCAAUCACGACCGGCCGUUAACCGCAUCGAUGCGGAUAAGGCCCGAGAAGAAAAAUUGGUUUUACGACUUGUGGAAAUAGUUCGCAUGCGUGAUGAAUUAGUACAGCAAAUUGACGCAGAGCGUCGUCGCGAACGUCAAGAAGAUUUAGCUAUUGCGGCUUCCAUCGCCAAUAAGAGAGCCCAAAGAAAUAGUGAAUCAAAUAGUUCAUCUAUGAAAUCAGUUGAAGUAAUUCCAACACCAAAAAAAAAUAAGGUAAAAGACAAAGUUAAGAAACAACUAAAGAAAGCAAAACACACUUUAAUAUCUAAGAAGAAAGAAGAUUCAAGUGAACGCAAAGAAGAGAAAGACAAAGAAAAACGAGUAAAAUGAUAGUAAUUACUAGUUCUGGACACAUUACUCAGUUAUUUUUUUCAUCCAAAUUAAAUCAUUUUGGUAUGAAACCAAUUUGUGUUUCGUUAUAAGCAUGUAGCACGUACUUAUAAGUAAGACUGAAACAUUCCACUAAUUAUACAUUUUAUUUAUACACAUUAAAUCAUUGGGAAAGCUAUUUAUAUCCAACUCAAAGUUGAUUUAUAAGAACAAGUUAUCAUUUCAAAUAUUGAAAUGUGGAAAUUACGUGCCAGAAUUUAGAUGUGUAGAAAGUUAUCUUAGGAAUUGAUCUGUUGACUAUCUUUAGUUGCGCCAGCCAUGUUCUGGAAUAUGCAUAAUGAUAGAAAAUAUAAUUAGAAGUCAAAGUAGCAAGUGCACAUUGCAAUAAUGAUAACAAUUUGCACCAAAUUAUUUUAAGUUACAUUCGAAUUGAUUGCAUAAUUACUAACAAGUGCCUAAAUUAUUUGUAUUAUUAGAAACGCUUUAAGUAUUAAAAUUAUUAUUAUAUUUUUUGAUACAGGCAAUAUGAUAUUAUAUUUUUUAUUUUAUUACUGUUAAGUUUUGCGAUGUAUAAUUUCAAAUUAAGUAGUACGAAAACUGUGUACUUAUAAUUAUUUUUCAAUUAGCAAUGGAAAUUUGGAACGGAUAAAAUAAAAAUCAUCAGUAUUACUCAAUAUCAGCUUGCAUAAGUGUUAUUUUUUAAAGAUUAAAACAAAUUAAAAGUUCUUUCAAUAAAAUAAUAUAUUUACUAUCUAUUACAUAUAAUUUUAAAUAAAUAUAGACGGAAAAUUUGGACACAGUUCAUUUAGUUACAAUAAUUUUAGAAUCCAAACAAUGUUUGAAUUUUCGUAAUAGUACAUCAUCAGCCAUUAGUACAUUUUUAUUAGCUCGCUUAAUGGCCUUAUUUUAGUUUAUUUAUUGUGUCAUUCAUAUUAGUAAAUCGUCAAUAUAACUAGAGGCUUUACAAAUACAGGAGUUAUCCUAACACGAUACAUAUACUUACCCAAAAUCAGUAAGACAAUCAUUAUUCAUAUUCCACCCAUAAGUUCAUAAAUACUUUUGUUAUAUUAUAGUCAAAUCUAAUACUCGUCUUCCGAAUUAUCGAAAUACAUAUUAUAUUUGUUGCUGACGCAUCAAAUGUUAUAAUUAUAUUUUUAAUUUAAUUCUAUUAAUAUACAUAUUUUAUAAUAGAUUUACUAAUAACUAGUCUUUUGCGCCCACAUUUCUUGAUCGUUUAUUUUGAUACAUUUUAUUUUAUAAUUUUGUUUUUAGUUUGUAGUAUGAUUAAUUCAUUUUAAUAGAGAUAUUAUGGACAGUACACUUUUUAAUUCAGCUAACUAACAUCACGAUUUUUGUUUUGCGACAUAGCACAAAAUUGAUUUUAUUCUAAUGCACAACAAAUAACAAUAAAAAUUGAUUUCCAGUUGAAAUGAAUUUUAUUUUUAUUAAAACCUACUUCUGCUACGUUAUCAAUCUGACAUACACAUUUGUAGCUAGAACGAUAAAUUUUAAAAGAUUGCCCUAAUCCACGAAAGGCCGGCAACGCAAUCGUAACGCUUCCGUUGUUGCGGCUGUCCACGGGCGGCGUUGAUUGCUUACCAUCAGUUUAUUCGCCUGCUCGUUUGCCGUCCUGUCACAUAAAAAGGUGGUAUGCGGAGUUCAACUUCCAAGUCCAUAUAUUCCGAUAUUAUUAAACUUCUGAAAAUUGUAAUCAUCUUAAUGUGCUAUUUAGUAUGGGUACACCUGCCAUAGAUUUAUUAGUCAUUAAUUACACUAAAGGAGUUAGAUGUUUAAAAGCAACAAACCAAUUUAUUUCCUUAAAAUCUUUUAUUGUAGGUUGUUUCUUAUUGUCAACUAACACUUAAGUGUAUUGUCAGUAACACAUGUACACAACCGCAUAAUAUCAAGGUGCAGUAUUCCAUAACCCCACAUUACUGCUACACUAAAAUAAGCCCCAUUUAGUAUAAUCAGUAAAGAAAUCUUAUAUUAUGUAUUAUGGUCAACUGAUACCCUUUUGACAUUGUGGUAGUAAAUAUGGGCACUGAAACUGAAUACUGCAUCUGAUAUCACAACAUCAUGUACCAUUCUGUGUAGAAAAUAAAUCCAACAACAUAAAUAUUUCCAAUACCUUAUCUGAAUUAUAUGAUUCCAUUGAUUAUGCAGUCCUAUAAUAACAUAAGUACAGUAAAAACUUGGUCAAACUCAUUUAACUAGAAUUUAAAUCUAGACUAUAUUAUAAUUCACUUAAUUUAAAGUAAAUCAUUUAUUUCAUUUUAUUCUGCUACAUUUCAUUUAUAUAACGGAAAUAAGGUUAAGCUGUACUUGAAUGAAAAUAUUAAUUAAUUAACUAAUGUGAGCCUAAUAUAAAUCCCAAGUACAAAAUGUUUUUGAGGCAUUUAUUAUACAUAUACACAGAAAUCAAUGUUAAAAUCAAUGUAAUCUUUUGUCAAGUCAUCUGAUUGGUUGACUGAAUCAUCAAUAACCAAUCAGAUGACUUGACAAGAUAUUUAACAGGAGAUUAGUUAAUUUUAGUAUUGACAUCCCUUUCAGAAACCGGGUGUUAGUGUAAUAUUUCCUUUAAUUGCACUGAUCAGGGUCACAAACAUGCAUGCAUUCAUAAUCCUUAUAUUUAUAAACUGAAGAGAAUUCAUGUUAAUAUUCAGUAUUAACAUUUACAAAGUAUUAUUGUUAUAUCUAUCUACUAUAAUAUGUAAAAAAAACAUUUACUUUGUAGUACACUGAAUCUAAAAUCUUACAAAGAAAAUAAAAGAUGAACACUUUUUCUAAUAUGAAAUGAUGGUACAUUAAACACUAUAAAUCAUCAUCAUCAUCAUCAUCAUCAUCAUCAUCAUGUGCAUAAUUAUUGUCAAUUUCAAUACGUAAAUUACUUUGUUUGGAUUUUCCUAGUUUUUCUCGUAGGUCAUCAGACUUCCCAUGUUUCCUGGAUUUCAAAAUUUGACGUAAAUCACUGUGAUCACUUGUAUUUCUGGUACUGGUGGGUUUCCUAUCUAACCUGGACCAUACACUAUUACUACUAGAAUUUACUUUAUGCACUCUACUCAUAACAUAACUAUCAGAGUUAUCUGAUGCUUCCUCACUGGAAAAACUAUCAUUAUCUUCCACAGUUAUCACCUUAUUACCUAACCUUGACUGAAUACCAUGCUUUUUUCUAUGUACAUUAUUCCUUCUAAACUUGUCAGAUAUGACUGUGUGGUCUCUCGGUUUAUAGUUGCUGUGGGAAUUUUCUACUUCAAUUGACAAUGCAGAAUAUCCAUCUGAAUCCCUGGAUAGUAGGGAAGCUUGCUUCUUCUUUCGCUUUGACUCUUCAUCAUCUGCAUGCAUUCUCAUUCGAGGUGCCUUUGAUUUAGUUUUCCAUUCAGAAUCUGAAUCACUUUCUUCAGCUUCUUCAAUGUUAUAGUCAUCCCUAAUAGCUUGCCUUUUACCAAGACGGCUUGCUAAGCUUUUAUUUUUAAUUUUAACAAUUUUAUCAGGCUCUUCUAAAUCAUCAUCUUCAUCUUCAUAAUUAUUAUAUCUAGGCUUUCGCUGAAAUACUUCUUGAUGAUCAUAAACUCCCCAAGAUUUACAUAAAUCACCCCAGGGAUUCUUAUUUACUGCAUCCAUAUUUUGAUCAGCAUAGUCAUCUGUACAUUUACUUUGAGGCUUCUUCUUGCUCAUUUUCUUGUCUCCAUUAGUAGCAAAUCUCAUUAAAAUAAGAUCCUUUUUAGGAUGUGGCAUUCCUUCACGCCAAUGGUGAUUUGGAUUAGCAGCAAGCAUUUCCUUUAAAUUUGCAUCUUUAAUUUCUCUAGAAUGAACUAAUAAUGCCAGGGCUGCUGAUAUAUGAUCUUGGCAGACAAUAUUAC